GGACAGUACUCAGCCUGGAGAGCUCGGCCGCUGGGAAGCCGGGACCCGUGCUGCUGGCCCCUGGGAGAGAAAUCAGGGACCCCCGAGGGUCCUGUGGAACCCAGGGGCUGCUUCUCCUGACUGGCUGCUCUGGAGCUGCUGCGGGGACUGCUCAGUGAGACAAGAGGAUACCCAGUCACCGGGUGCUGUGGCUGCGGCUGAUCUCUCUGGACCGGGAUGAGGGUAUCCUGGAUACCUGGCCUGUGGCUGCUCAGUCUCUGGGUCACCUUCAGCCAUGGGGCAAAUACAGGUCAGCAGUGCCCACCUUCCCAGCAGGAAGGACUCAAGCUGGAACACAGUAGCGAUCUGUCAGCCAAUGUGACUGGCUUCAACCUCAUCCGCCGACUAAACCUCAUGAAGAGUACUGCCAUCAAGAAGAUCCGAAACCCGAAGGGGGGGCCUCUCAUCCUGCGGCUGGGGGCAACCCCGCUCACCCAGCCCACACGCCGAGUGUUCCCUCAAGGGCUCCCGGAAGAGUUUGCCCUGGUGCUCACCCUCCUGCUGAAGAAGCACACCUACCAGAGCACGUGGUACUUGUUCCAAGUGAUGGAUGGAGAUGGGUACCCGCAGAUAUCCCUGGAAGUCAACAGCCAAGAGCAGAGUCUGGAGCUCCGGGCGCAGGGCCAAGAUGGUGAAUUUGUGUCCUGCAUCUUCCCAGUGCCCCAGCUCUUUGACCUGCGUUGGCACAAGCUAAUGCUGAGUGUGGCUGGACGUGUGGCCUCUGUGCACGUGGACUGCAUCUCAGCCUCCUCCCAGCCUCUGGGGCCCCGGAGACCCAUGCAGCCGGUGGGCCAUGUGUUUCUGGGCUUGGAUGCUGAGCAGGGCAGGCCUGUGUCGUUUGACCUGCAGCAGGCACACAUCUACUGUGACCCAGAGCUUGUGCUAGAAGAGGGCUGUUGUGAGAUUUUGCCAGGAGGGUGUCCCCCAGAGACCUCCAAGGCCCGCCGGGACACCCAAAGUAAUGAGCUCAUCGAGAUCAAUCCUCAGACAGAAGGCAAGGUCUACACCCGCUGCUUUUGCUUGGAAGAGCCUCACAACAGCAAGGUGGAUUCGAAGCUGAUGGGAAGAACCAGUCAGCAGGCAGAAAGAGGAACAAAGGUCCUUCGGGAGCCAUCAACUGAUGAGUGCCCACCCUGUGUCCAUGGCGCCCAGGAAAGCAAUGUCACACUUGGUCCUUCCAGUUCCAAGGGAGAGCCAGGUGAGCGAGGCCUGCCUGGACCAUCGGGCCCUAAGGGAGAGAAGGGAGCACGGGGCAAUGACUGUGUUCGAAUCUCUCCGGAUGCUCCACUUCAGUGUGCAGAAGGCCCAAAGGGAGAGAAGGGGGCAUCAGGAGCCUCGGGACCUUCAGGACUCCCAGGGCCAGGAGGCCAGAAGGGCCAGAAAGGCGAGAAGGGCGAUGGAGGAAUCAAGGGCUUGCCAGGAAGGCCAGGCCGAGACGGCCGGCCGGGAGAGCUCUGUGUGAUUGGACCCAAAGGGCAGAAGGGAGACCCUGGUUUUGUUGGGCCUGAAGGGCUAGCAGGAGAGCCUGGGCCCCCCGGCCUGCCUGGUCUUCCUGGGAUGGGACUGCCUGGGACCCCUGGGGAGCCAGGUGGCCCUCCAGGCCCCAAGGGAGAAAAGGGAAGCUCCGGGGUGCCAGGCAAGGAAGGCCCUGCUGGGAAGCCUGGGAAGCCAGGAGUGCCAGGGGUGAAGGGAGAGAAGGGUAACCCCUGUGAAGUGUGCCCAACACUGCCUGAAGGCUUCCAGAACUUCGUGGGGCUCCCUGGAAAGCCAGGGCCCAAGGGAGAACCAGGGGAUCCUGCACCAGCCAGGGAUGCCAUGGAAAGUACUGGGCGAAAAGGUGACCGGGGAGACCCUGGCAUACAAGGCAUCAAAGGAGAGAAGGGGGAGCCCUGCUCAUCCUGCAGCUUGGUUGCGGAAGCCCAGUUUCUUGGACCCUCAAUAGGAGCCAAAGGAGAUGUGGGCUCCUCUGGCUCCAGUUUGCCUGGCCUUCUGGGGAAAGCAGGGGCUCCAGGGCCAAGAGGGCUGAAAGGAGAGAAGGGUAAUUUCGGGGAAGCAGGGCCCGCUGGCGACCCGGGGCUACCAGGGCCAGUGGGACCGGCAGGCACCAAAGGGCAAAAGGGGGAGCCUUGUGAGCCAUGCUCAGCCCUGUCUAAGCCUCAAGAUGGGAGUAGCCACGUGGUGCACUUGCCUGGCCAGCCCGGAGAGAAAGGCGAGCCUGGGGCUCCAGGCUUUGGCCUGCCAGGAGAGAGGGGCAAGGCUGGAGAGCGUGGGCUGAAGGGGCAGAAGGGUGAUGCUGGGGAUCCCGGAGACCCCGGAAGCCCAGGCACCGCAGGGCGGCCAGGGCUGUCGGGAGAGCCUGGAGUGCGAGGCCCCGAGGGGCCAAAAGGAGACAAGGGUGAUGCCUGUACUGCCUGUCCUAGCCUGCAGGGGGCAGUGACGGACAUGACAGGACUGCCUGGGAGGCCUGGCCCCAGGGGAGAGCGGGGCCCAGAAGGCGUGGGCCGGCCAGGUAAACCGGGCAAGCCCGGUCUACCCGGAGUUCAAGGGCCUCCAGGACUGAAGGGCACACAGGGAGAACCAGGGCCUCCAGGCGUGGGAGCACAGGGGCCCCAGGGGGAGCCCGGAGCUCCAGGUUUGCCUGGCAUUCAGGGACUUCCAGGACCUCGGGGACCACCUGGCCCCACUGGAGAAAAGGGUGCCCAGGGACCUCCAGGGACAAAAGGAGCCACUGGACUAGUAGGACCUCCUGGUGCCAGUAUCUCUGGGCCUCCAGGCCGUGAUGGACAGCAAGGAGAGAUGGGGCCUCCAGGAGCCAAAGGGAUGCCAGGUGAAAAGGGAUCUCAAGGAGAGAAGGGAGAGCCAGGGGAGUGCUCCUGCCCCACUCGGGGAGACCCCAUCUUCUCUGGCAUGCCGGGUGCUCCUGGACUUUGGAUGGGCAGCUCCUGGCAGCCGGGCCCGCAGGGUCCCCCAGGUGUCCCUGGACCACCAGGCCCCCCUGGAAUGCCUGGGCUGCAGGGACUGCCUGGAAUUGACGGUCUGCCAGGACAGCCUGGGCUCACUGCAGAAGUGGGCUCCUUACCCAUCGAGCGGCAGCUCCUGAAGAGUAUCUGUGGGGACUGUGUCCAGGACCAGAUGACCAACCCAUCAUCCCUCCAAGAAAAGGGAGAGAAGCGAGACCAGGCCGUAUCUGGAGUGCCAGGCCUUGACAGUUGUGCCCGGUGCUUCUUGCAGCGGGAGCGCCCGAGAGCCGAGGAGGCCAGGGGAGACAACAUGGAGAAAGAUUCUGACUGUGUUGAGAGCCCUGGCCUGCCUGGUCCUCCAGGGCUUCCAGGCCAGAGAGGAGAAGAGGGUCCACCUGGCAUGAGGGGCUCCCCAGGUCCUCCGGGCCCUAUUGGCCCCCCAGGUUUUCCUGGUGCUGUUGGCUCCCCCGGAUUGCCCGGCCUUCAAGGAGAUCGAGGCCUCAGGGGCCUGACAGGGGACAAAGGGGAGCCGGGUCCUCCUGGACAGCCUGGCUACCCAGGUGCCAUGGGCCCCCCAGGACUGCCGGGCAUCAAGGGGGAGCGAGGCUAUGCGGGGCCGGCAGGAGAGAAGGGAGAGCCGGGCCCCCCAGGAUCUGACGGCCUCCCAGGUUCCCCAGGGCCAGCGGGUCCCCAAGGGGAGCGAGGACCCCAAGGGAAAUCCGGUGAGAAGGGUGACCAGGGCUUCCAAGGCCAGCCAGGUUUUCCAGGCCCACCGGGUCCUCCUGGAUUCCCAGGCAAAACUGGAGCACCUGGCCCUCCUGGCCCCCAGGCAGAGAAGGGCAGUGAAGGAAUUCGAGGACCAACAGGCUUGCCUGGUCCCCCUGGGCCACCAGGACCUCCUGGGAUCCAGGGCCCUGCAGGGCUGGAAGGCCUGGAUGGGAAGGAUGGCAAGCCCGGUGUGAGGGGAGACCCUGGUCCUCCUGGCCCCCCUGGUCUCAUGGGACCCCCUGGUUUCAAGGGGAAAACAGGACAUCCUGGCCUCCCAGGACCCAAGGGUGACUGUGGCAAGCCAGGGCCCCCUGGCAGCAGUGGCCGGCCAGGUGCAGAGGGUGAGCCUGGUGCCAUGGGACCCCAGGGACGACCGGGCUCUCCUGGCCACAUUGGGCCUCCGGGGCCUCCAGGCCAGCCUGGUCCAGCUGGGAUCUCUGCGGUGGGCCUGAAAGGAGAGCGAGGAGCUUCUGGAGAAAGGGGCCCAGCAGGUAUUCCAGGCCAGCCCGGCCCACCUGGACACCCUGGUCCCCCGGGUGAACCUGGUAUGGACGGUGCCACUGGCAAAGAGGGACCUCCUGGAAAACAGGGACUGCAUGGAUUUCCUGGUCCGAAGGGUGAUACAGGGCCUGCAGGACAGAAAGGCCAGGCAGGAGAGAAGGGGAGAUCUGGCAUGCCAGGCGGACCCGGCAAGAGUGGCUCCAUGGGCCCUGUUGGGCCACCAGGUCCUGCAGGAGAGAGAGGCCACCCUGGAUCCCCGGGGCCCCCAGGGAACCCUGGAUUGCCUGGUGUUCCCGGCUCUAUGGGAGACUUGGUGAAUUAUGAUGAAAUCAAGAGGUUCAUCAGACAAGAGAUGAUAAAGAUGUUUGAUGAUAGGAUGGCUUACUACACUUCCAGGAUGCAGUUCCCUAUGGAGAUGGCUGCAGCUCCAGGGCGGCCAGGGCCCCCAGGGAAGGAUGGUGCUCCGGGCCGGCCAGGUGCUCCAGGAUCGCCUGGGCUCCCUGGUCAGAUUGGCAGAGAAGGACGGCAAGGUUUACCAGGAAUGAGAGGAUUACCUGGAACCAAAGGUGAAAAGGGGGACAUUGGUGUUGGCAUUGCAGGAGAAAAUGGUCUCCCUGGCCCCCCAGGUCCUCAAGGGCCUCCUGGAUAUGGAAAGAUGGGUGCAACAGGACCAAUGGGCCAGCAAGGCAUUCCUGGCAUCCCUGGUCCCCCGGGUCCUGCAGGCCAGCCAGGGAAGGCGGGUCACUGCAACCCCUCGGACUGCUUUGCAGCCAUGCCAAUGGAGGAGCAGUACCCAUCCAUCAAAAACGUGAAGGGGCCUUUUGGCUGAAAUGGCCACUUCCCUUGAGAUGAAGGACUCCAUUCGGAAUAAAUGACCAAAGAUUAUAGGACUCCGUGAUGGGUUAUGAAUGUUUGUGUUGUUAAUGUUGUUGUUAUUUUUAAUUGCUGUUAAUAUUUUUUUAACAAUAAAGAAAGAAAACUAUCUGCAA